GAGAGAGAGAGAGAGAGAGAAUUGCUCGUUUGUGUAAUUAAUAGCCUCUUCUCAUUUAAGUGAUGUGAGAUUCGGACUCGGGCUGAGGAGGUGGUUCAGAUGAUGUGAGUCAUGCGCGCUGUGUUAGCAACGGAAAGGCCUGAGGAAUGAAGCGAGGUGAAGAAGCUGUUCCCGAUUAUGAGAGGGGCAGUUGGCCGCCAGCAAGCACACCAGAAGGAGGCCCCGCAAAGAAGGCCUUCAUACCGCCCGGGGCGAGGUUCUGUGCGAGGCACCGUCGGCUGUGUGCCGGAGUCCGGACUGCCCGCUGUUGGGAAGGCCUACGACGGCGGCGGCGAAUCAGGGGAAGCGGACCACUGGCUACUGACGACUGGCGCAGCCCUUGUUACUUAUUGCUGUUACUCAAUUUAAUUGCACUGCAAAUAAACUGCACUGCAGAGAAAAGUGUUUGUUGUGCUCCUACUGGCCUCUACAAGUUAUCUAGGCAUUAUGUCUGAGCACUCCCUCGACCUGAAAUUGAUACCACAGUAUGACGGCAGUGGCACUGCGUCUGUGGUGGAAUGGAUAGAAAAACUAGAACUCGUCUGCAAGUUACGGAAAAUUGAUGAUGUGGCCAGUGUGAUCCCUCUUCGCCUUUCUGGGGGUGCAUUUGCUGUUUAUCUUCAAUUAGGAGAAGAGGAAAAGAAGAAGAAAGAGAAGAUAAAGGAAGCACUUCUGGCCGCAUUUGCCGCGGACCCCUAUGCAGCCUAUGAACAGUUCGUCAGCCGAAAAUUGACACCAGGUGAAAGUCCUGACGUCUUUCUAGCUGAGCUGCGGCGCCUGUCUUCUCUGUUUGGCGGGAUGUCUGAGAAGGGCCUGGCUUGUGCAUUUGUUUCUGGCCUUCCAGAGAGUGUUCGGCAGUUACUUAGAGCUGGAUCACGAAUGGAGGCACUGGACAUUGGACAGCUCCUAACUCGAGCGAGGGCUGUCAUACGAGAUGAUGGGACUUCUGGUAUUCAGGAAGCAUGUCUUGCCGCCCAAGGAGACGGUAAACAGAUCAGCGCCUCCAAUCAACGAUGUUACAUCUGCGACGGCGUGAACCACUUUGCCAGGAACUGCUUGGCUCGUCGUGGGGAAGCAGGCACCAACAGAGGACUUUCUCAGAGACGCCGUGUGCGGUGCUAUCGUUGUGGUGUUUGGGGCCAUGUUUCAUCAGCGUGCUCGGGAAACGCGAGUGGAGGGGAGGCGUCAGCGCCAGUCUCUCCUCAGAAAGAUUAGUGAAAGAGGCGCUACCAACUACAGUAGUGACAUUGAACGGGGACAAGCACAGCGUAUUGGUUGAUACUGGCUGCUCUCGAUGCGUGGCUCAUGUCUCCUGCUGUAAGAAUUGGAAGAAAGAGGCAGUGUCCAUCCUGAAUAUUAGUGGGAAGGAGCAGCAGUGUGAGGGCACAGGUGUUGUAAGAAUCCAAUUGGAUAACGGUGCUGUUGCCGAGGUUGAAGUGAUUGUUGUUAGUGUCAAACCACUAGGAUUCACGUUUAUACUAGGAAUGAACGGCAUUACUGCACUCGGUGGUGUUUUCAUCAAUGGACGUGAAGUGCGGUUUGGGACAGCAAAUACAAAUGUGUGUGCCGCAGCGGUUGGUAAAGUGAUAGAGGAACGAGACUUCACUGCAUCUUACGACACAGCAAGUCGCUCCUGGACAGCGGCAUGGAAGUGGUCAAACGGUAAAGAGCCAGGCCUUCUGAAAAACCAGAUGGAGGCAUACGGAGUCCCCCGCGGAGUGAGAGCACAGUAUGAAGAAGAAAUCGAUAAGUGGAUAGAAGACAAAUGGAUGGUGCCAUUCGACGAAAGAAAACACGGUCCAGCAAAGGGACUCAUCCCUUUGAUGGUUGUUAUACAACACAACAAAGGGAAGGUGAGGCCCGUACUCGAUUUCAGGGAGCUGAAUUCCUACAUAGACACCUUUACAGCGGAUGCGGAUGUCUGUGCAGACAAAAUGCGGGAAUGGCGAAGGAAAGGAACAAACGUGUCUAUUGUAGAUCUAAAGAAGGCCUACCUACAAAUACACAUUCACGAAUCUCUCUGGCCAUAUCAGACUGUGAUGUAUAAAGGCCGCAGGUAUUGCCUUACUCGUCUGGGAUUCGGCCUGAAUGUUGCUCCAUUAGUGAUGAAAGCAGUGCUCAACAGCGUGUUAUCACAAGAUCCUGAUGUGAGGCGGGGAACGUCGGCCUACAUUGACGACAUCAUAGUAAACGAAGACAUCGUUGCUGCCAACCGUGUUUUAGAACAUCUUGAACAAUAUGGACUGGCUGCCAAAAACCCCGAGCGUGUGGCUGAAGGAGCAAGAGUGUUGGGCUUGAAGGUUUGGGGGGAGCAUCACUCACUGGCUUGGGGUCGUGAUGGCAGGAUAAGCGAAUUACCUGAACAGCUCACUCGAAGAAGUGUGUUUUCCUACUGUGGAAAAUUGGUUGGUCACUUUCCAGUGUGCGGAUGGUUGAGAGUGGCAUCUGCCUAUGUGAAGAGAAGGGUUAAUCUUUCAACGCGAGGAUGGGAUGAUGCCGUUGUUGGUGAGGAACCACGGAUGCUGCUAACAGAGAUCUUGACUAGGGUAAAGAAGGACGACCCAGCUCGAGGCAGGUGGGAUGUUAAAGGAGACACUGCAAGAGUGUGGGUGGAUGCAAGUUCCCUGGCUCUAGGCGCAGCGGUUGAGGUGGACGGGUGCAUCAUCGAAGACGCUAGCUGGCUUCGCCCUGAAGGCACGGAUCAUAUAAAUAUGGCAGAACUCGAUUCAGUCAUCAAGGGACUCAACCUUGCACUAGCUUGGCAGAUGAAAACUGUGGAAUUAAUGAGUGACUCUACCACUGUGUGUCGGUGGGUAGAGGAUGCCCUCACUGGUCGUGCAAGGCUGAAAACGAAAGCGGCUAGCGAAAUGUUGAUACGUAGACGCCUUGGCAUCAUUGUGUCCCUGGUCAAGGAGUGCGGUCUAUCGCUUUCCAUCACGCGAAUAUCGUCCGCGGAGAACAAAGCAGACUCCCUCACACGUGUGCCCCAGCGAUGGCUGAAAGCAUCAUCAACAGUCGAUCUGUCACCGUCAGUUUGUGCCAUUGCUGCAGACCCUGCUAUCGAUCAGUUAGUGGCAGACGUUCACCAUUCUCGAGGUCAUCCUGGUGUGAGACGGACUCUUUACUUCGCGAGGAGGGUCAACCCGGCAGUAACCAGGGGACAGGUGCGCUCAAUUACUACCACCUGUCAGGAAUGCCUAUCUAUCGACCCGGCGCCUGCGAAGUGGCAUACUGGUGACUUGUCCGUGACUGGCAUUUGGCAAAGAGUCGGGAUGGACAUCACGCACUGCAGAGGACAGUCUUAUCUCUCACAGAUAGACUGUGGACCAUCACGCUUCACCAUUUGGCGCCUGCUUCAGCUUCAGACAAGUGAUUGCCUCAUUAAGCACCUGGAAGCGGUGUUCUUUGAACGUGGGGCGCCGCAGGAGCUACUGACGGAUAACGACACAGCUUUUCGCAGUAAGCUGUUUUCUCAGUUCGCCUUGCGGUGGAAUGUGCGUGUCCACUAUAGGGGAGCCUAUGCCCCAUCUGGUAAUGGUAUAGUGGAACGCUGCCACCGUACUGUGAAGGUGAUUGCGGCAAGGAAAGGCUGUUCGAUAGCAGAGGCAGUGUAUCUAUACAACAUCACGCCUUCUGAUGAUUGUACGCAGUCUUCCGCUCCAGGAAAUGUAAUCUACAAUUACGCCAUGAGAGUGCGAGGAGAGGCUGAAAUAGAAAGAAAUGUCAGGGUACAACACAAUCCUUACCAAAUGGGAGAUAAUGUAUGGGUGAAGCCGCCAAGAGGACGCUGCGACGACCGAUAUAAGGAGGGCACGGUGACCAGUAUUGUUUCUGAUCAAGUUGCGGAGGUGGAUCAAAUUCCGCGGCAUGUCAAGGAUCUCCGGAAGCGUAGUUCGAGCCGUCAACGACAAGAGCAAGAUAUUAUCGCCUCUGAAAGUAGUGACGAUGAAUUGAUAAUGGCGUUCCCUGUUCAAGAUGAUGCCGACGUGGGUCAACGGAGGGUUAUCGAGGAAGGGGAGGCAGAACAACCAUUAAGACGUUCGACCAGGAUAGCAAGACGGCGACAGUGUUUAUGAUGUGAGAUUCGGACUCGGGCUGAGGAGGUGGUUCAGAUGAUGUGAGUCAUGCGCGCUGUGUUAGCAACGGAAAGGCCUGAGGAAUGAAGCGAGGUGAAGAAGCUGUUCCCGAUUAUGAGAGGGGCAGUUGGCCGCCAGCAAGCACACCAGAAGGAGGCCCCGCAAAGAAGGCCUUCAUACCGCCCGGGGCGAGGUUCUGUGCGAGGCACCGUCGGCUGUGUGCCGGAGUCCGGAGUGCCCGCUGUUGGGAAGGCCUACGACGGCGGCGGCGAAUCAGGGGAAGCAGACCACUGGCUACUGACGACUGGCGCAGCCCUUGUUACUUAUUGCUGUUACUCAAUUUAAUUGCACUGCAAAUAAACUGCACUGCAGAGAAAAGUGUUUGUUGUGCUCCUACUGGCCU